CAGUUUUAGUUUUUGCUCUUCCUUGGCUUUGAGAAGAGAGUUAUGUGCAAACGUUGGAAAUAAUCGUACUAAAACAAAGAAAAACGAAUUUUAGUUAUUUUCUUGCAGAUUGUUCAGGUAUAUUUGUAAGUCGUGUUAAAAUUCCGCUUCAAGAAAAUGAAAGUCGACUUCAGCGACAUACCCGCUCCUAGCGACCGGUACGAAAUUAGUGACAUUGUAGGAUAUGGUGUAUAUGGAAAAAUUUAUAUAGCUACUGACAUUCAAGCCAGUAAGAAGAAAGUUGCUAUUAAAUGUCAGAAGUAUGAAACCGGAUGUAAAGAAUUUGUUGAAGAAGAAUACAAAAUACUGAAAGAUUUUAGUAGCCAUAUAAACAUUGUUGAUUUUUAUGGGAUAUUUAAGAAAAGCAACGAGAUAUGGUUUGUAUUGGAGCCGUGCGAAGGAGGCUCUGUUAUUGACUUGGUGAACCGUUUAUUUGCAAAAAACCGAAGAAUGGUCGAAGAACAUAUUGCUUAUGUCAUCAAGGAGACUGUUAGAGGUCUUAUAUAUCUACAUGAAAACAAAAUAGUCCAUAGAGAUUUGAAGGGUAGUAAUAUACUUUUGACAAAGGAAGGAGAAGUAAAAAUUUGUGACUUCGGCCUUUCUAGAAUUCGAAACCAGAUGGAUGAAAUGCUUUCAGUCAUUCUUGGUUCUCCUAGCUGGAUGGCGCCGGAAGUAGUCAGCGUGGGGACCAAGAAAAUUUCUGGAUACAAUGACAGAGUUGAUGUAUGGUCAUUAGGAAUAACGGCAAUAGAAUUAGCAGAAGGUAAAGCUCCUUACGAAGGAAUGAAUCCGUCAAGAGCAUUAUUCCAAAUUGUUGCAAAUCCACCUCCAACAUUAAGAAAAGUAUCAACGUGGACAGAAAAUUUUCACGACUUCAUUGGCGAGUGUCUUGUUAAAGAUUUCGAAUACAGACCGUGUAUGAUGGAAAUAAUUGAACAUCCAUUUUUAGAAGAAAUUCCUGAAAAUAAUUACCACUUAACAAUGGAGUUAAAAUCUUUAAUAUCCGAUGUAAGGUCAAUCAAACUUAAACCGAAAACUCCAGAUGUUGUUGUUCACGGAAAAUUCUUGAAGAAAGAUAUAGACGUUGACUUGGAACCGAUGUACGAAGAAGAUCUGGCAGCAUUACAUCCAAUUACCGAACGAGAUAUUUUAGAACUAUUAGAAAAACGAGCAGAAAUGGGAGAGUAUUAUACAUACGUGGGAGACAUUCUGUUAUCGUUAAAUCCUAAUGAAAGAAGGCUUAUCUACGGAACAGAGUUUCAUGAAAAAUAUCAGUUUAAAUCACGUUCCGAUAAUGCGCCUCAUAUCUACAGCGUAGCAGAUACAGCCUAUCAAAACGCUCUACAUCAUAAAACUGUUCAGCAAAUAGUUUUCUUAGGUGAAACUGGCUCUGGCAAGACAUCCAAUUAUUUACACCUGAUCGAUCACCUCUUCUAUCUAGGAGAAAAUACAAGUGUUAGUUCAAGUAGAAUAAAAAAUGCUGUUCAAUUGUUACAUUCGCUAAUGCAUGCGUCCACACCUUCCAACAAUUAUGGCACUAGGGCAGUUUUUAAGACAGAGGUGAAUUACGGCAAAACUGGGAAAUUAAGUGGGGCAAGCUUUAAGAUACAUUGCAUUGAAAAAUCAAGAGUAUCGUCCACAGAUAUGCUUCAAAGUAAUUUCCAUAUCUUCUACUAUUUUUACGACGGAAUUACUUCUACACCUAUGUAUGAGAAAUAUAAACUUAGCACUAGCAGGGACUAUGCCUUCUUGAGAACGCAAAAGAAGUCCAAAACCAAUACUCCAAGAGAUGAUGUAGCUGCCAAUAUAAUUAAAUACAAAAAACUUUGCGGCUAUAUGGAGGAACUUCAAUUCUCCUCCCAAGAUACUGCCACCAUACAUUCUGUAUUAGCAGCAAUAUUGCAUCUAGGAGAGAUAGUUUUCGAAGAAAAUAAAGAUACAGUCGCUGUCAUCCAGAAUAAACAAGAGGUCGAAGAAUUUGCGGAUCUUCUUGAGGUAGAGUCCAAAAAGAUCUCUUGGGCCCUAACAAACUACUGUGUAAUUAAAGACGGAAAUGCGUAUAAAGUAAGACACAGCAGCAACGAGGCCAUAGAAGUAAGAAAUGUGCUGGUCAAUACUCUAUAUGCGAGAUUGGUGGAUUAUAUCGUCGGAACUAUUAAUAAUAAGUUAUCUUUUGGAAAAGCUAUAUUUGGAAAUACUUAUAUAGUAAAAAUUCUAGACUUCUUUGGUUUCGAAUGUUUUAAAGAUAAUCGCUUUUCUCAACUCCUCGUAAACACAUUUAACGAACAGCUUCAUUAUCAUUUCCUGCAAAGAGUGUUUGCGUGGGAAUUACAAGAUCUUCAAGAAGAAGAUAUUGAUUUUGUUCCAAUUAAUUACUACAAGAACAAAGACACUUUAAAUGAAAUUCUUGGAAAUUCUGAAGGGUUAUUGGCUAUUAUAGAUGAUGCGUCGAAAAAAGGACAUCGUGGAAGAUAUAUUACAGAUAACAUCUAUAAUGAAGAGAAACGAAAAAUAUUGGUUUACGAUGAAGAUAGUUUUUCAAUUGUUCAUUAUACCGGCAAGGUGACUUAUAACUGUAGAAAAAUGCCUAACCGAAAUAGAGACUUCCUAGCACCUGAGAUUAUAGAAACAAUGAGAAAUUCUAGAAAUCCAAUAAUUUCUUUAAUGUUUACUUCAAAGUUGGAUCGCACUGGAAAUAUGGUUAUGCCGUCCGAGGAAGCCAGAAAAAAUAAAUAUGUAUUUGGUUCAAAGAUGGCUAUGGAACGGGAAUAUUCUCAGAUAAAGAAAAUGCGAACCCAAUCGACUAUUUUCAGAUCACUUUGUAUAGAAUUAUUAAGAGAAUUGUCCGUCGGUUCGGGGUCAGGAGGAACGCAUUUUGUAAGAUGUGUAAGAACGGAUUUAAAGGGAGUUCCUCGUAAUUUUAAGAGGGAACUGGUCAAGCAUCAGCUAAGAGCCAUGGCUGUAGCAGAAACGGCUAAAAUUAGGCAAAAUGGGUUCUCGCAGCGAAUUUCAUUUCCGGAGUUUCUACGAAGGUACAAGUACCUUGCAUUUGAUUUUGACGAAAAUGUUGACAUUACAAAAGACAACUGCAGACUUUUAAUGAUUAGAUUGAAAAUGGAAGAUUGGGCGCUGGGAAAAUCAAAAGUUUUUCUAAAGUACUACAAUGAGGAGUAUUUGUCGAGGUUAUACGAGACACAUGUAAAGAAAAUCAUUAAAAUUCAAAGUAUAUUAAGAGGAUUUUUAGUUAAAUGUAGGAUGGCUAAACAAGAAAAGAAAGACAGGAAGGUGGUUGUUGAACAAAUAAAAACGAAGCGAAGGGAUAGCCUAAUGACGGAAGACGAAGCCGCAGAAGUCAUUCAAAAGGCUUACAGAAAUGCUGCAAGACGUAAAGAAGUACUAGAAUCAUACAGUCAGCUAGAAGAAGAAGAUAAAACGUUUAUUAGACCAUUCGCUAGAAAAUGGAAGAGCCAGAGUUUGUUUUCGGUCCUAAUGAGAUAUAGAGCGAAGAGGGUUCAGGAUUUUUUUAAUCUAUCACAACAGGUUCAUCUGUAUAACAUGAAUUCCUACCACAAACUUCAGCAAACGAAAGAAGGCAUAGACUUGAACAACGUUGAUGAUAAAGCUCAAGUAGGUUCAUAUCUGGAUGAGAUCAGCAAUUCGGUUCUUAAACUUUAUUUUCGAUUAGAAGAUAUUCCUUUCUACAAUACUUCUUAUAUGUCAGAUUUACUCACAAAUAUAGGAGAUAUUAGAUCAAAGGAGGAAUCCUGGGACAGUCCAUACCGUUGGCGAGAAUCCAGAUCUCAAACUAAUGAAGAAUCAACAGACGACGACUUGGACACCAGUGAUGCUCUAGCUAACACUAACUAUAGACGAGAACCAGAUGAAGAGAUAGUAGCCCUCGCAAGUCCUGUAGAAUCAGAAAACGGUAAAGAGGCUAAAGAUAUGGCCAAUGAAGAUAUUAAAGCUUUUGGGAGAAAAAUAGCAGACCCUAAAGUAAAUUUUAAUAUUACAGCUGAUGCAGAAACUCCUUACAAAGCAAAUCUCCGCAAGAUCGAAGGUUCUUAUAAGAAUAAACCUAAUCCGGAUUUCCUUAAAAAUUCAUCUCCUGCUAACAAAGAUUUUGAAUUUAUAAAAGCAACACCUGUUAGUAUUAAACCAAGAUAUCAUGUAGAUCCUGUGGAAGAACUAAAAAAUAUUUAUAGAAAGGACAACAAUACUGCCGAUGAUGACCCCCCUUUUAAUUUUCAAGGGAUGUUACGGAAAACUAAUUUUAGAAGAGAUUCUUUAAAGGAUGCAGUACAAACUAUCAGAAAACUCUCAUUAACGAAGGAAAAUAUUGAUAUGGGUUCAAAAAUAAAUAAAUUUGAACAUAAUAUACACAAACCCUCAAAAGAGAUUGCUAAAGACAAUGAUAUUAAAAACAAUCAUACCAAUUAUAUCAAUUCAAAAGUAAAUCAUGUUGAUUCUACUCCUAUUAAAAACACUGAUACCAAUAAUAAACAAGAUUAUGUCCCAGAGUUUAACAAUAUUCCUAGUUGUUCAAAAGAAAACCACAUUGAUGAAGAAUUAACUGCUGAAAAUGAUGUCAAUAAAGGAACACUAGUUAAAGUGGAGAUUGCACCAGGACUCAUUCUUGAGGGCAUAGAGUUUGACAUAUAGGUAAUAGAUGAGCCGUAAUAUUUGCUGUAUCUGUUUAUUAUUUUAUGUAUUGAGAUAAAAUAUAUUUAUUCGACAA